AUGGGAACGAGGAGGAGAGGUCACUGGCCGGGGAGCAGUUACGAGGACACUGGCCACCACGAUAGUGUAGGCGAGGUUCUUGUGAGGGUAGGAGGUGGCCGAGCAGUCUCCGACUCUGACACCGGAGGAGAGGAAGAAUGCUCUGAUACCGAGGAGCACAAGCACAGAGCACUGCUCCACUUCCUCAAGAAAGCAAAGAAGCCUUUCCACGAGUUCAUGGCCGCCACGGAGGCUGAGUUUGAGCGACUGCAAGAGGCUUAUCAGAGCCUCGACGAGCGAUGGAAGGAUAAGGAACCGUUCCUGCGGCUGAUGAUCCUCGAUGGCUGCUUCAUGCUCGAGAUAAUGCGCGUCGCGACGCAGAAGUCCUCCGACCAUGGCUACGCGUACGAUGAUCCCGUCUUUAGCGGAAGUGGCAUUCACCACAUCGUGCCCUACAUAAAGCGAGAUAUGAUGAUGAUCGAGAAUCAACUGCCUCUGCUGGUUUUGGACCAACUGGUUCUCGUUGAGGGCGGAGAAGUGCGUAGACGAGCUGAUGCAAAGAUUCUGGGAGUGGAAUUCCACGGCGAGCCUGGGGCAGCGCCUCCACCCCCUUGGCGUGCUCCACAGCGUCCUGCUGAAACCCUGCAGGCAGAAGAACAAGGAUAUCAAGACGCCGAAGAUGACACGAUCAUCCGGUCGGCAGUUGAGCUGCACGAGGCCGGCAUCCGCUUCAAGACGAGCGAGUCCGACAGCCUCCUUGACAUCUGGUUCGAUAACGGUGUCCUCAGCCUGCCGAAGCUUACAGUGGACGACAACACCAAGUACAUGUUCCUCAACCUCAUGGCGUUCGAGGGCCUCCACGCCCGCGCCGGCAACGACGUCACCUCCUUCGUCUGCUUCAUGGACCACAUCAUCGACUCCGCCAAGGACAUCAACCUGCUGCACUACAAGGGGAUCAUCCUGAACGCGGUGGGAAGCGACGAGGCCGCCGCCGAGCUGUUCAACCGCCUGACCAUGGACGUGUUGAUAAACUCUAUUACCCUUAUGACCCAACAUAUGGGGUUUAUAUAG